CCAAGGAAUCUGUCAAAAAUGCAGCCAUUAUUUAACUAUUACAAAUAGAGUUUGUCGUUUUUUUCUGAAAUUUUCAAAACUUCUUCAAAAUUCUAAUUGUAACCCAUAUACCAAUCCGAACCGCUGUUUGUACAAUACCCUCUAUUUACCCCCUUUGGUUACAUACGUCUUCAAAACAAUCCUGCAUGAAAAUAGUCUAAUUCAUGGGAAAACAUAUACACAACCUUGCGGCCAUAUUUGCAGCCUGUUUGGGUCUCUUGGUGGGUUCAUCAGUUGCCUGGCCAAUACCAGUGGAAAGAAAAAUUGUAGACGUUGAUGACCGCAAUUUCCACGUCACUGAUUGUGAGUUUCACUGGAUUGCAUGGUCGGCCGAAAUCUCUGCCAUCGCUGGAUGCCUUGCUGCUGGAAUCCUUUUACACUUUAUUGGACGGAAACUUACUAUUUUAGCAUCGUUCAUACCUUAUGCUAUUGGAUAUGUGGUACUGAUAUUCGCCGCGCAAAAAUGGAUGCUGUUUGUUGGUAGAAUCGUUCUGGGGCUGUCAAUGGGCUGCAUCUCCACUGCAGUCCCUGUUUACAUUGGCGAGCUUACACUGAAGGAGGAGCGCGGAUUAUUUGGAUCAAUUUUUUGGUUGUUUUAUUAUGCCGGAAUUUUCAGCACAUACCUUAUUGGGUCUUACGUCUCCGUGUUCGCCCUCAACAUUACUUUGAUUCUGAUGCUGAUCUUUUUCCUGCCGUUCGUUGUGGUCCCAGAAUCUCCCUUGUAUUUGCUUCAAAUAGGGAAGAAGAGGCCACCGAGAAAGUUUCAACAUAUCUUAGGCGAUGGGCAAUCCGAAGAGGAGAACCAGGAGGAAAUGGACGAAGCUGGUGGCGACCCAAGAGAUUUUAGGAUGAAUCCGUUCAAGAACUCAAUUGGAUUCCGGUCCUUUAUCACGGUUGUUACAAUUAUGUUCCUCCAGCAACUAAGCGGCGUUCAAACCAUCAAAUACUUUGUAAAACCAUUUUUUCUGAUGAUGAAACAAUCAUUCAACACUCAAGUCGGUGCGACUAUCCUCAGUGCAUUAAUGCUCGUUUCUAUAUUGAUACCGAUGUUCCUAGUAGACGCGAUAGGUCGGCGAAUCCUGCUUUUUGCUUCUGCACUCCUUAUGACCGUUAGUUCCACGAUGCUUGGGUUCUUCUUUUGUCUCUCCGACUUCCAGCCCGACUCAACUAAAACAAUCGAAUUCACGGCGAUUUUCUUUUUGUUUCUACUUGGAAUGGCCUUCAAUGUGGGCUUGGGUCCGAUUCCAUGGAUCAUCAUGGGUGAAAUAUUCACGCUUGACAUUAAAGUAAUUGUCGUCCCUACAGCUGCUGGCAUGCAUUGGCUCAUGGGCUUUCUGGCUCAAGUGGGCAUCCAAUACUCUUCGAAAUACCUAGGAAUUGGGUUGACCUUCCUCCUUUGUGCAUUAGUUUCAUUGAGCGUGUGUAUGUUCGUGAUGUUCUUUGUGGUGGAAACAAGGAAGCGAUCGCGGAAUGAAAUCGUGAAAGCCCUACAUGGAAAGGAUGACCGAAUCAUAAGUCGAGGUCUUGUGGCCUAGCAAGGAAAAUUCUAGAUUUUAAGUUGUUCUUGUUUGAAAGUAUCCAAAGAUAUGAGUUUUUACAACGCAAUAUGUAAAUAUUUCUGUAAUUUCAUAAAUUUUUAAAAAUUGUUAUGAAGUAAAGCAGAAAACUUAAAAAUAAACUGGACUUGGAUAAGGA